AUGACAUGGAUCGGCGCAGAGCGCCUGUGGGCGAACUUCACUCAGAAAGCAUACAACGGUAUUCGCGUCCAGUUCAACAACGCUUUUAGGGUGUUGUUGCGGCUGCCUCGCUUCUGUAGCGCCUCGGGCAUGUUCGCUGAAGCUCGCGUCGACUGCUUUUAUACGACUAUGGGGAAGCGUAGCACGUCUCUGGUGCGCAGGUUGGUGUGGUGGUGCUGGGUGUUGCUGGUGGUGUCUGCUGAGGAGACUCCUCCUGGGCUGGUGGCCAAGGACAGCGAGCAUGACCUGCAGGCUGAGGCUACGAACAACGCACCCCAGGCCCAGAAGAGAGAGGCGGCCUUAUCCAACUCUUACGGCGAGCCUCUUCCAGCCGACGCGUAUGGACCGCCGAGGGAUAUACCCAUUAUCCCCGACGGCCAACCUGCUCCAGUAUACGGCGUACCGGACAACAGCAUCAACAUCUUCCAACAGACUCCUCCUGGGGCGUACGGACCACCAGCCCCCGUGGUCUUCCCCUCUCAAACGUACCAGGGACCACCACCCCCACCGAUAUCCAAGCCUAAGCCCCUGUACGGACCUCCGAAGAUCUAUGGACCUCCAAAACCGGUUUACGGACCUCCAAAGUCUGUUUAUGGGCCCCCCAAGAAAACUUACGGACCACCGAAGCAGAAUCUUCCAAAGCCGACGUACGGAGCACCUUUUAAGCCGCCAAAGAUAGUCUUUCCGAAAAAUAUUUAUGGUGCACCAAAGCCGAUUUACGGGCCACCUAAACCGAUUUAUGGUCCCCCUAAACUCAACUACGGACCACCUGUAAACGGACCUGCUAUUCCACUUGAUCUACCUCCAGUAAAUCUUCCACCUAACUUCGCUAUCAACAACAAUAUUGACUUGGGAUUGAACCUACCAGCCCCUAUUUACGGUACCCCUCUGCCAAAUCUUCCGUUGGACUUAAAGCCUAACUUCCCGAUCCCAGCUGAUACGUACGGUCCGCCAGGGCAUUCUUUAGGACCUAUAGGUCCCGUGGGUCCUGAAGUGCUUCAGGGGAUCAGCAACGUCCACUAUGGUCCUCCACAACCGGAUCCGAACCCUAGGCCUCCGCAUCCAGGUAUACCUGCACCACCAACACCUCCUCAUGUCUUGUACGAUGGUUGGAAGCCAAUCCCUGGAGUAUCGAAACCUCUAGUUGAAAUCGAAGAGCAUCAUCAUCACCAGCAAAAUGUCCAAGACCAAUAUGGGCCUCCGCCACCCCCACCUCCAGAAAUCCACAUCAAUUUGGAUGGAAACUCCUUGCCAAAUAUUGAUCAGCACCAACAAUUCUCUGGAGCUCAGAUCAACACUGGAUACUCGAGUGUACAUCAAGAUGCUUUAGCUAAUAUUGACUUGAAUGCAAUCGUUGGCGGCGAUUCGAACCAUAUCGACCAGUCUAAGACUGUCUUUGAGGCGCAUUACACCGAGACUCAACAUGGUGGUGACUUCGGUGGUACUCAACUUGCGUUAUCAGGUCCUGAGCCUUUGGACACUUAUGGGGCUCCACCCGCGGAGUCCCUAUCAAGCGGACCAUACCCGGCUUCCAUAAGACAGCAGGGCGCCAAAGGUCUGAUUCCUCCAUCAGGAAUCUACGGAGUACCUCCUGGUAGCCAAUACGGUGCACCACCCAGACCUCAACCGAACCUUCCAAUUCCUUACGGAUCCUUCUCUGGCGGUGGCCAUUCUGGAGGAAACUCGCCAAGACAUCCCAUCAAAUUCAGAGAGCCUGUACCUGAUGGUCUGAUUCAAUCCGUCGGUCACAUAACACAUCAUAAGGACCACCAUGGCAAUAACCAUUUGUCUCAAGGCCCAGCUUACUUGCCUCCACCAAUCCGCGAAGUAAAAGACGUCAAUCAAGACCUUGGGAACCACGGACUGAGCAGCUUAUCUCUAUCCAUAGAGCCUUCAAAUCUCUACAGCCUGCCACAUUCUGGUAACCCAAUCACCUUCCAACAACAACAACAAAGUCAUCAUCAUCAACAACCACAACAGCCUAACAAUCUGUACGGUUCUCCUGUUGACUCCUAUUCGGUGCCUCUGUUCACAGUGGGUGACCACACCGCUUCCGGAUCAAACGUGAAUGAAGUAAAAACCACCCUGGACGGAUCAAUUUUCGCCAAUCUAUCCAAUCUGGAAGCUGCAGCGAUUCUGAAACACUGUCCUUACCAUGAAGCUAUAUUAAAAGCGGCGAAAUUCGGUGACAAGAUUCCUUCGGAUUUAGCGUCCAGCUAUGUCGCAAGUUUAAGCUCUUUAGGCUCGACUCUUUCUAAAAACCAGCAGACAUUGAUUUCACCACAAAAUGAUUUUAACAAACCAGCACCCGGGUCCCAAUCCGUCUCCUACAGCACCAAGGACUUGUCAACAGCCUCACAUACUUUAGUUCAGACUGUGGUAGCCAACGACAUCAAAACAGAGAAGACAGAAAAGAACAGCGUCCAAAAAGGCAAGUCUAUGAAAGACAAAGAUGCUUACAAAGACGAAAGACUGCAGUUCGUUUCCAACCAAAUUCAGCAGACGUCUGAGAAAAUCAACAAACUAAGCGAGGAAGCGAAGCAGUUGCAACAAAAGAUUGUUUCCACCAGUCAAAACAUCAACCAAGUUAAUGGACAACUAAGUAACUCGGCCGAUAUACCUAUCAAAGGUAACCUAGGAAGUUACUCUCUGCAAAUCCAAGCAGCUGAUAGUCCUAACGGCAAGAACAACCCUACGAUACCUCACGAGCAGUUACUCUCUGAAGGUUUACUGCAGAGCAUUUUAUCAGCCAUUGAAGAACCUAGGCAAACCCAGGUCAAAGUCCAAAGUCAACCUGGACAAAUAUCCUUUAGCCAAGCCAUGAACUAUGCUAGCUUGGACACCGGAGGUCUCGUUUUACCAGCUGGAUAUGAACCUGUCGAUCACACGAAGAUCAAAGAAAUCCAAAGCACAAAUAAAGACAUAAAGAAAAUCUUACACAGUGAGAUCAUUCACAAACACCGUGGGGACAUACCCUUCACAGAAUGCGACUUGAAGAGCGAGAAUUCAGUCAAACACAGUAUCCGAGUGCCACCACCAAGUGUGGACAAUAUAAAACCAGUUGACGAAAUCGACAUGAACGAUGUUGCGAUAUAUUUCGAUGAAAAAACAGAAGAUAAGGAACCAGUAACCGAAAUAUCGGUUGCUACUAGCAUAAGUGAAAACGUAGACGAUUAUAAGGAUAAAGCGCCCGAAUUUGGCGAUAAAAUAGCUAAGAAACAGUCCUGAGGAUAGUCUAGUCUUAACCAGUGGGCCUUUCAGUACAAAUAUUUGAGUAUUUCCUAAGAGGUUUAAGAAUACAAAUUUUGUUUACAUACUUACACAUAAUUUUAA